AUGCGCGUGCAAAUUGCUGGUCGUAAUCUAGGGCUGCGAAGAGGCAGGUUUUGGCUGCUGGGCGUGUCCAAUGGGUUAGAACUGCCCGAGACCCCAGGCUCGACUGAAGGUAUCUCGUCUACUGAAGGUAUCUCGUCUACUGAAGGUAUCUCGUAUAGGUGGAAUUGGGAAGGCAAAAAGGUGUACGAGUGUGUGCCGUACUGGGUGGGUCGUUACUGGGAGCCGCUAGAUCGCACGGGGUUUGCGAAGCUGGAGGCCAGGUAUUCGACACACGCGGCAAAGUUACGUGCUGAUUGGGUCCAUGACGGGCCGGCUUUCCGGCGUGAGGCGCAGAUGAUUGAUGGCCCAGUGGAUGACGUGGUGGGAUAUGAUCCUUCCGAGGGGUGGACAAUGACGGGUGAAAACGAAUUGGUGCGCUCGGUAUAUAUUCCUACGUUGGGUAUCUUGACGAAGAAAAGUCAAGAUGCAUUAUUGAAAGCUAAGGAUAGGGGUGGUUUAUUUGCCGACCCUUAUGAAGCUCAUACGGCUUUGUAUGCGAAAAUAACUCGCGAAGGUUGGGAGCGUUUGCGGUCAGUGAAUGUUGAGAACUUCUUGAAGUGUUCGUUAAAGUAUGUUGAGUUGGCAGCUAUUGUAUCAAGCGCUUACGCGCGUCCGUUCGGUUUAGUGGAUGAAAAUGUACGCGCUCGUGUCGUUCGAGCUUUGGGUCCCAAGGCGUUCCCACUUGCCAUAAGUAACUGGUUAAGCGGUUGUUUAUUACAACGUACUAUGACUCCCGUAGAAUCAUUCGCUAAAUUCUGCUGCCGUCUAGGUUAUAACCCGCCAACAAAUGGCAGGUUCGAAUCCCUCCGACGUGUCUUGCCACCACUACAAACACCACCCGACUUAAAUAUUCUUGAGACGAAAGUUCGGCGUCUACUUAUCAAUCUUAGCAAUCUACCGGAAGUCACUGCGGAGGAAUUUGGAGAACUCCGACGAUACUCCGGCAAACCGGAAAUCAUUCAACGAGCCAAAAGAACAACACUUCAUCACCACCCGCCACCCACCAAGAGACAUCGCACUAUCGAUCGUCCAAUAUCCGAGACCAACUACUUGACAAACCAAGGUUUGAACCUUCCUUCGAACACCUACCAGACUGUACAAAUCAUUUCGAUAGAUCUCGUCUCUCCGCCCCAAAUGCCGCCAGAUUUUUCACCACCGGUGCUUGGGGGCGGUCUGGCUACUGGUUCUGCGUCUCACGAAUCUGCGUCUCACGAAUCUGCGUCUCACGAACCUGCGUCUCACGAACCUGCGUCUCACGAUCCUGCGUCUCUGGAUUCGUUAAGCCACAGUGUUGAAGGCAACGACCCAUUUAUGCAGCUCAGCUCUCUAAACCAAGUGAUGGAGCCGCUGGAAUCGGCGUCACAGGAAUUGACGUCCGUACCUCUGCACCCGAGUUUUGGCAGCGAUCAGUCCCUGGACCUCGCUGGGGCGCUGUCUAUGUCUUCAGCUCCCUCGUUCGAGGUGCCCGAAUCCGAAGAAUGGAUAAAUUCUGAUUGGCAAAGUUUCGUAGUCGACUGGAACGGUGAGCUGUCAUGA